AUUGCCGAUAAAAGUUGCAACAAUGUGCUCUUAUUGUUUAUUAAUAUACCUAACAAAUUAAUAAUUAUUGCAUCCAUCAUUAUUAUUAUAAGUUGUAAAGCUAUUGAUGUAAGUCUCAUUUAAUAAUAUCAACAUAAUUCAUCAUUACUAAUACUUAUUAGAUAUAACGCCCUUUCAUUUUCAAAUCUUCAUUUUAUUAUUUUGAUUUUAUACAAAAAUUGUUUAAAGAAAAUUCUUUCAAUAUUUGCAAUUUAGUUAUUAAACAUUACACGGAAAUUGCAAUCCUAAUUCGGACGGACCUUGACUUGGUUAAAUUGUUCAAAGACCUGCUUUUGGUUCUGUAUGAUAUAUUUUUUAUAAAUAGAGCAAAAAGAAUUAUCGAAAUCAAGGUUGUAUCUGUUGAUAAAGUAAAUGGUGCAGAGAAUUUGGCAAUUAAUUCUUGCAUGGUAGGCGUAGUCCGUUUGUGUCACGCUCACUGUCGCAAGUCACCGCUGCAGUAGUGCGCUUACACCUUGUGAAAUGGUUGUAUUCAAAGCUAUAUUAAUUCCAGACCCACCUCGAUGGGUUUUGUCACGAAAAAAUUCGCAGUGCUGUACAUUUUUUGUCAAAUCGAUCUAGCUCAACUAAAAUAUCAAUGCGACGAGACAUUAGUAUACCGUUAAUAUGACAUACUUUUUUCGAAAACUUGCGACUAAAAGCUGAUAGCAGAACUAUAUUGCGCAUCUAUUAAAUAUUUAAAAUUUGAAUAAGUUUUAUUUUUGAAUAAUGAAGUGGAUAAACUGUGUUGUUUUAUUGUGUGUGUUUAUAAUUAAGUGUAAAUCGAUGUCCGAAAGUGAAAUAGAAGAUUUUGAGAACUUUUUAAAAGAGACAUCACAAUUAGAUCAAAAUCUUAAAAGUAACCCGGAAGCAGACUUCGAUGAAGACGAACCAGCAUCAGAUAAUGCAUGGGAAGAAAGCGGGAAAUUCGAAGGAGAUCUUAUCUUAAACGAUCGGCAACGGCGUAUGAUUGUCACUAACGUUGUGGAGGGUCUCGCCCGGAACGGACUGGCGGACAGCACCAAACGGUGGCCUAAUAAUGAAGUCAUUUACUUCAUUCAACGAGAACAUUUUAAUCUAGAUCAAGUACAAGCUAUAGAAGACGGUAUUGCUGAUUUAGCGCAAGCGUCCUGCGUAAAGUUCACACCUUACAAAAAAGGCGAUCGUGAUGCUGUUGUUAUUCAGGGUAGUAGACGCGGCUGCUUCUCUCAAGUUGGCUAUCAAGGGGGUUACCAAGUGCUGAACUUGUCUGGUCGGCAUCCAGUAGGCCGUGGAUGUUUUAGACACGGAACUGUGGUACACGAGCUACUUCAUACCCUUGGCUUUUACCACAUGCAGAGCAGUCCUGAUAGAGAUGACUUCAUCGAUGUAUUGUGGGAGAACAUCAUUCAAACGACAAGACACAAUUUUCGCAAAUACAACUCGUUUGCGGUGUCCGACUUUGGCGUCGGUUACGACUACGAAAGUGUUCUGCAUUAUAGCCGAAAAGCUUUCUCUGUCAAUGGGAAAGACACACUCGUGCCUAAACAGAGAGGAGCUGAAAUCGGUCAGAGGAUUGGCCUGUCGCAAAAGGACACGCAAAAGCUAAAUAAAAUGUACUGUGAUGCGGACUCCGAUAAAUUUUUAGAUAGCGAUACUUCAAAACCUCCUCCGGCUGCGAAGAAACCUAACAAAAACAAACCUUUCGAGGGACGAGGAAUAGGAUAUCAUCAAGGUAAAGCCGUCGCUAUAAAGCUACCUGCUGCACAAACAUAUAAUUUGCAUGACUUUUCCAACAUUGAUAAGUUUAAUGAUUUUAGUAAAACGAAAGAAAGUGUGCCUCCAAUGCCUGUUCAUGGAUUUGGAGUUGUUAAGGAAAUAAAUAAUUUAUACGCUGUACCUCAAUACACUGAUAAUGAAGAAAAUUCUCCUAGUGGAAUGCUUGUUGUUAGAGGAAACAGGGAUGAAAAUGAAUACAUUGAUGACGUAUAUAAGUUUUCUGGUGAAAUAAGGAAUAAUAUGGAUCCAUCUGAUGCUCGUAAAUUAGAUUACGGACGCAGUACAGUACCAUCAAAUCCGCAUGAGUAUGUCAUACCGGGUUCAAUGCAAUACCACGAUGUCUACCAACCAUACACAGUUAAGCAUUUAAAUAAUGGACGGGAAGCAUUCCCUAAGAAUUUCCUUCAAAAAUCACAGGAAGGAACUGAAUAUACCGAUAAGCAAAAAGAAGACUAUGUAAAUGAUUAUCAUAUUAUGGAUCGCAAUUUGAUUCAACACAUGAAACAGAAAUAUAAUGAAAAUAGAUAUCAACAUGACCAAGAAAACAUUCAUGCAUUGCAGUCUCCACGAAGCAAAAGUCCAUAUUUUGAUAAUACUGAAAAGAUAAAAAACUACAAUGAUAAUAAUUAUAGUUAUGGAUAUAAUGGUGGUUACGAUCCAUACGAUAAUGUUGCAGUCUCGCCAAACUUAAAUAUAUUACAUAAUUCCAAAGAGUCUGAGCUGCCAUCGCAAACAAAAUGGUUAAAUUCUAACACGAAGCUAUAUCAUCCGUAUGAUAAAGAAAUACAUUUUGAUGACAGAUAAUACCUAUUGUUAACAAUAAACUAGUAAAGUAUAUUUUUGUAUAAGUUUUAGUUAAUAGUUAAGUAGUUACGUGUAUAAAAAUAAAUAUAAUUAAUAUGAAG